CCCGUUUGAAAGAACAAGCGGCUGUCUAGCAACCGAAGCAUCAAUGGCUGCGAAUAUUCUGCGGUGGACAGGAUAACCACAAAUAAGAAACCUGUAAAGAAAUAGACAAUUUCAAAAUCAUGGCUGCGAAGGACAGCCACCGCAUUCUGCUAUUAGAGGAAGAAGUCCGGAACCUGUCGGAGGAACUUAUUCAGUGCCAGGCAGAUAAAGAGUUUGUGUGGUCACUAUGGAAACGCCUGCAAGUGGCCAAUCCGGACCUCACACAGGCAGUGAGUUUGGUGGUAGAGCGAGAGAAGCAGAAAGGAGAGGCCAAAGACCGAAAAGUUCUGGAGAUUCUUCAAGUCAAAGACUAUAAAAUUCAGGAACUGGAACAGAGGGUGACCGCCCAGCUGCAGGAGAUGAACAGCCUGUCCCAGAGAGCGCGCUCCACGGAGGAAGACCAUGCAGUGAUGAAGAAGGACAUGGCUGCUCUGCGCCAGAAACUGAAGGAGAAGGGCCAGGAGCUGAAGGCGUGUCAGGAGGAGAGGAGGAGGAGGGAGGCGGAGCAGCAGGGCGUGGUCAGGGAGCUGCAGGAGGGGAAGGCGGGGCUAGACACUCGCUGUGCCUGCAUGCAGAGCGACCUGGAGAAGCUCCUGGAACAGGCCGAACAGUGGGCUCAGGAGAAGACCGCCGUGCACGCCACAGCGCUGGCGUUUGAAGGAGAGCUGAAGGAGGUGAAGCAGCAGGCUGCAGACCUGCAGGAGAGGUGCAGCAGCCUGACCGCCCAGCUCUCCUCCAGAGACCAGGAGCUGGAGCAGAUGGACGAGCAUGUGACCCGACUGAAGCAGGACCAGCAGCAGCUGCAGGCUCUGUACACUCAGAGUGUAGAGCACGCGGGUGACCAGGCCCAGCUCAUUAAACAGCUGGAGGAGCUCAAUCUGGACACACAGAGAGUGCUGCGCACACAGGAGGCUGCCCACUGCGCCGACUCCGCCUCCUACCAACGGCUCUACAGCGAUCUGAACGAGAGCUUCCAGGCUCUGAAGGCCAGUGAGGCCCAGCUGCGGCAGGCUCAGAUCUCCAUGACGACGCAGCUGUGUCAGAAAGACCAGGAGAUCCUGCACCUGCAGACCCGACUGCAGCUGCAGGUCGCCACGGCGACCGUGGCCUGUUCCCCCGUACGGCAGAGCAACUACAGACCGCCCGAGGAGCGGUUGAAGAGGAGGAGUGGGAGGAGGGAGAGUGUGGAGGCCGAACAGAGUCCAUUAAACUUGAGCCCAACACCAAACCGCGACACACAGACUAACCUGCGGAUAUCACAGGGUGCAUCUGUGCAGCGCUCCCGGUCGCUGUCCCCGGGGAGUGCCAGUGGGGGCAGGAUGGGGCCGUUCGCAGCGCUGAAACGGGCAGAGGCCAGGGUUCAAGACCUGGAGGAUCUGCUCCGGCUGAAGACAGAGGAGAAUGCAGAACUGAAGCUCGCCCAUGAGAAUCGGCAGGAGCGGCUGCAGGCACUCCAGGACAAUUACAAAACCGUCAGAGAGCAGCUGAAGCAGGCUGAGGAGUCCCAGGACCACCCGAGGCCCAGAAAGCAGAGAGCCCAGCCCUGGGAACUCCGUCAUGAGAACAGCGACGGUGUCUGGAACGAGCUGGCCUACUUCAAACGGCUCACUAAGAACCUCAGCACUGAGAAGGCUAAUCUGGAAGAGGAGGUGGACGUGUUGCGUGUGCAGGCGGCCGUGGACAGAGUCGCUGUGCAGGAGAUGCGCAUGUGUCUGCAACAGGAGCGGGAGGAACUCCUGCAGAAGGAGGCUGAAGGCGCUGGGGUCACCUGCUGCAGCAGCCCCAAAACUGCUUCCCUAGGGGGGACGGCGGAUAACGCGCUGCAGGUCGAGCAGCUGCAGAAGCAGGCUUGGUCCCUGGAGAAGGAGGUGGAACUCCUGCAGCAGACCAAUCAGGACCUCCGAGCGGCCAACGGGGAGCUGUCGGAGACCCGAGAGCAGCUGCAGACAGCGAUGCUCCGGCUGCGCAGCCAGGCAGCCGCGCGGCAGCAGGCGGACCGGGCGUGGCAGCAGGGCGUGGUGCAGGAGCUGGAGGGGCAGCUGGGGGCCUGCCGGAGGCAGCUGGCCCAGGUGAAGAGGGACGGGGCCCGGGUCAGGCAGCAGCUGCAGAGGGCCCGGCAGGAGCUGGGGCUGCUCCGGGCCGCCCGCGACUACAGCCUCUCCAGGGCCCCAAAAGCCCAUGGAAACGCAGCCAUCGCCAGCGCCUCCUUCAGGGGGUCAUCACAGCCACGCCCUCCUCGCUGUAGGGGCAGGACACGCCCAACAAGCCCGAGGGCCAAUAAGGAUGGCUGGGAGGAUAUCAGCGCCGAAAGUGACAGUGGGGAGGAGUAUACAGACAGCCUGAACAGCCCACUUCCUGUCCGGACACAGACGCCCUGCGAUCGUCAGAGCAGGGGCUCCUCCCCCUCCCAGCAUGCACUGCAGGCCAGAGAUGUGAAGGACGCGCGGCCGGAGGCUGGCAGAGACACCGAGCCAGGCAACGUACAGGUGCAGCGGGGUUGGCGGGGACGCAGGAGAAGGGGCGGGCUCUCCAGGGCCCUGCAGCAGCGGAUUGGCUCUCUGCAGCAGCAGGUGACCGUACUACAGGCCGCUAGGAAAGCCGCGUCGAGCAGUGCUCAGGAGCUGCAGCUCGCCCAGGACAGGAUGACGUCACAGCUGAGUGCCCUCACGCAGAAGCUGAACGCCAGCAAGCAGCUCUCACAGAAGUUGACCUCUGACCUGACGGCCUCGGAGCAGCAGAGAGCUGAGCUGCAGAGGGAGCUGGAGGAGCUGAGACAGAGGUCCCCUCGCGCCCCCACGCCGACCCCUGACCCCCCAAACACAGCCGAGGCCGAGCUGAAGGGCCUGCAGGCCAAACUGAAGAAUGCGUGUAAUGAGGCAACAAAGCACACACUGGCCAAUAAAAGUCUCAAGACUGAGCUUCAGGCCAAGGACGAGCAAGUGAAAGAGCUGCAGGAAAAGGUUUCCCACAUGGAUCGUGACAUCACAAUGAAGAGGCAGCUGGUCGAAGAUUUAAGAAGCAAAAUGAAGACCUUCCAGGACAACGACAAGAGCCUGAAAACACUCAUCGAGGACCUCGAGAGUAAAGUGAAGGUUUUGUCCGAGGAGGCAGUGAACAGGAAAGCCUUUGUCGAUUCGCUGAAGAGGAGGCUCAGUGUUACGGGCAAAGAGAGGAACGAGUAUGAGCAGACCAGCCACAAGCUCCGAAAGCACCUGGACAAGAAGGAUCAGAAGCUGCAGGCGCUGCAGGCGCGGGUGCUGCAGUGUGAGGAUGCGAUGGCGGAGCUGGAGCGCACCGCGUCGCAGCAGAUGCACGGGCUGGCGCAGCAGAGCACGCAGGCCCUGGACGCGCUGCAGAGGAAGCUGGGAGUCGCCAACGCGCAGCUGGAGCACCUCCACGCCUUCGUACAGGCGCUGGCUGGCGAGCUCCACUCAGACAUGCAGGAGGUCAGAGUCCAGCUGCGGAAGCACAGGCGACGGAAACUUCCGGAAAACAGCCGGCAGUCUAAGGAGUCCCUGAUGAGAGCACAGUGCAUCGCUGCCUCCAUCCUCAACGUGUCCCACACCGACCUGCAGGACAUCCUGGACCCUGAGCAGAAUACUGAAGAAAUCGAGGUAGAGAGAAGAAAGGAACAGCACUGGCUGGAUCAAGUGAUGAAGCUUCUGCAACAGCAGAUCCCCUCCGUUUCUCUGCUGAUGGAGGCCAUGAGAUCCAAGCUGAGAGAGAGGACUGUGCUAACGGAAGAGCUGGCUUCCCUUAAAACACACGCCAGCAACACGCAAGCAACAUGACUGACCCCUUCACUGACACGCCAGCAACACGCAAGCAACAUGACUGGCCCCUUCACUGACACGCCAGCAACACGCAAGCAACAUGACUUGCUCCUUCAUUGACACGCCAGCAACACUUCACGCCAUGUGAACCAUUGAGCUCUUUGGUGAUGUCAUGAAAUGGGCUGAUACGGAUGUCGUAACAUUUGCACUAGCAUAGUCUAUGCAGCUGUCUUUUUAUGUAUUAGAAGUAAAAACGCUGAAUGACUUUUAAUGUCAGAUGACGCAAAAGAACGGUGCUCAGCAGAUUGGCUAAUCAUGCUUUUUGUGUCGGCAGUUUUUUUUUGCAAUUUUAUAUGGAAAUUAAUGUGUUUUGUAUUAAUUUGUUUUUAAAUAAAAUAGCAUGGUUUGCUUAUA